UCGAGGAUAGUGUUCCUAACUUAAUUUCGUCUUACGUUUUUCAAGAUGAAAAUCUUCGCACAGAUUUUGGUAUUAUUUGGUUUUACAUUUCUGGCCGCAGUCUUUGGGCAGAGCAAUGAAAUAGCAGUGGAUGGAUUUGACGUUUCGAAAGUGAACGGAAGUGCUCCCACAAGAUAUCAUGCCUUGGAGCUGUACAACAACGAUCACCCGAACCAAAAACGUGUUGCAGUUAGAAAAUGCAAUACAUUCAACUUUAUUUUCCCGCUGAAAAUCUUCUCAACGGUGGUGCCACGCUUCUGUCCGGCAGUGUUCAUCAGUGGCGAUUCGUUGCUAACGUCGGCACUCUGUCUGCGAAUGCUGCAACAGGAUGGGGGCGAUCAACGCACCGAUCAUCUGUUUGCCAUCGUUGAUAGGGAGGAGGUUUUCUUCUACGAACACGGCCGUCGCUACGUGAACAACAUCUUCAUCCAUCCCAAGUUUGAUGAGGAGCCGGCGUACUACAACGUGGCCAUCGUGAAGCUUCGCAAUGCUGUCAGAUACGAUCGGGACGCCACCGGACGCAGCCACAUUGCCUGCCUAUGGCCAGAACACAAUUUGAAAAACCCUCAAACCGUGCUCGGCGAGUGGUUCGAUUUUCAACCGGAACUGAACCCUUCCUUCCGCUGGUUAGAUCUUCCAACAAUCACCCAUGAACAGUGUACCACGGAGCUCAAAAACCUUAAACAACCCAUCCCGGAACUUUCCGAUGGGGUACGGGAAUCCUCUCAGAUUUGUGUGCAAGAUCCAGGCAGUAACAGUACCCUGAUUCGGUUCUGUGAUAGUCGAUCUUCCGGGCCGCUGCUGAUGAGCUUGGGAACCACCGUCUACGUGGCCGGGUUGCCAACCGUGCACAUUGACGACUGUGGCGUGCAGGUUGAGGUGUUCAACCGGAUUUCGUUCUUCCUCGAUUGGAUCGAGUCCGUCGUUUGGCCCGGUCAAGUUUGAUUGAAAAUAACUUAUUAAUAAACGAUAAUCAAAUUUAAAUAUA